GGUCCGGGUUAUGUUCCCAAACAUCUCGAGCCGUCAACCUGCAUAGUCAUGAUCGUGUACCUAGGGCUGAGCCUGCACCGGGCACGACCACCGCAACGUUUAUAAGUGACUCCGAACUAGUAGUUCAUUUGAUGUAUAGCUGAAUAGUGUCAGUGGCUUUGCGGUUCUUAGUUUAGUUUAGUUCUCUCUCGUCUUUCUUCUUCCUCUUCCUCUCCUCGCUUCCCCCUCCUCCCCCUCCUCUAUCUCCUCUCUCCUCUAGUAAGGAAAUGGUGGAUACUCAAACUGGCAUAGAAGCAGCUCAGGCUGGCAUUGAUCUCAUGAACAGCAACAAAUUCACUGAGGCUGAAGAGAUGCUAAAACCAUGGAUCCACAGAAGCAUGUACCACAGUCUUGCCAACUCUACCAUACUAUUCCUGCAGGCAGUUUUCAGCAUGGAGCAGGAUGCAAUAGAGAAGGCACUACAAGCAUUGAAUGGUACAGUGGCCCUCUGCAACAGUCAUAGGAAGACACAGGGUGUGGUGGAGAUGGUCUCAUCCUGGGUAUUUGGUUCCAGAAUGGAAACAUACACACCUGCCGAGGUACAAGCGGAGGUUCUGUUUGCAGAGAGCAAUCUCCUACUCUCUAUCAUCACCUUUCUUCAGGACGAGGGUUUCGUAAGCUUCGUGAGAGGUGGUCUAAGGAUAAGAAGCUCCUACUCGCUCUACAAACAGCUGUAUCAGUGGCUGGAGACUUGCGAGGAGGAAGGGGUGGAAAUGGAACCAAAUUCUGCAGCUGGAAUCAGAAUGGGAAUGGGCACAUUCAACCUGUUUCUCUCCGUCCUGCCGGCGAAGGUGAUGAAGCUACUGGAGUUCAUCGGGUUCUCUGGAGAGCGGGAAAAAGGUCUGCAGCAACUGGAGGCAGCUGCCCUCAGCCCCACAUUCAGGGGCUCUCUCUCCACCUCCUUUCUCCUCGCCUACUACACCGUUGCAGCCGUCAUUCUCGGGAUUGGCGAUAUGAACACUGAACGCUGUGAGAAACUUCUUCAAGUACAGCUUUUGAAAUACCCAGAGUCAGCUCAGUAUCUCUACUUUAAAGGCAGAAUAGAGCUGAUGAAAGGAAAUAUUAAUGGGGCCAUCGCGUCGUUCCAGAAGGUGCAGGAGCUACCGGUGGAUUGGACUCAAAUCCGCCAUCUUUGCUGGUGGGAAAUAAUGUGGUGUCACUGGCUCAAAUGCGAUUGGUUGGAGGCGUCUUCGUACGCAGAGCAACUCUAUCUCCACAGCCGUUGGUCAAAGUCCACGUUCUUGUACCAGAGAGUGAGCUCGCUGCUGAUGCUUCAACCCGCCGCAGACAGAGCACACCUUCUCGAUAGAGACCCCGGGGAAAAAAUUGCUCCAAACGUCAACGUCACUUGUGGAGAAGUGUUAGAGAUGAUGAGAAUGAUUCCAGUUCACAAGCAGAGAAUUGCAGGAAAGUCUUUGCCAAUUGAGAAGUUUGCUGUUGCGAAAUCGGAGCGCUACGUGAGUCAGAGAGGCUAUCUUCCCAUCGCAGCUCUGGAAAUCCUUUACCUGUGGAACGGAUUCCGGAUCUUGGAACGGAACGAAGACCUCCUGCGGAGGAUGUUGGUCCACGUGUGGGAAGAACUGAUGUUUGUUGAGAGCAGUCGUGGGAACAACGAAUGCUACACGGAUGACUGGUGCGUGGUGACACUCGUACAAGGGGUUUGCUUUCGAGCCCAGAAAAGGACAGAUGAAGCACAUCGCUGCUUUGACUCGAUUCUUGAGAGGUCAAGCCUGAUCGCUCAUGAUCACUAUGUUCUAGCCGUGGCCAGUAUGGAGCUGGGGCUGCUCUACCUUGACCAAGGGAUGCUGGAUCACGCAGAGCGACAGCUUCUCUCUGCCAAGAAUGACUACAAAGGUUACCACUCAGAGAGCAGAAUUAAUUUCAAAAUCCACGCUGGACUUACACAAAUAGUAAAAACCAAAACCCCUUUAUGCUGAUUUUAGAAAUAUUUUUCCCAUUUCAUAUACUUUUUGUAUACACACACUAGCCGGCAUUCCACAAUGAAACGCGAUCUCCAGUUAUGAAUUCUGUAACAUGAUCUAUCACAGAAUGAAUUUCAGAAAACCUCAACAGACUGACCGCAUUUUUAUUGCCGGAAGUCGAGCGUCUCCACUUCCGUAAGGUUGCGUAUUUACGGAACGCGCGCGUCUGCUUGAGCAGGAGGCUGUCAGUGUUUAUGUUUGAGCUGCAAGCUGGAAUAAAAGGCUAGGAAAAGGGAAAACUGAAUUAGUAAAGCAAAAGAGAAGGGAAGCCCAGAAUACAGAGCAGCGAAAUAGAGAAAGAUGGACGUUUCGUGUUGGCUACUUUCACUGCUGACAUUGAUAGUUGCUGUGCAGUGCAGGGCUCUGGCUCUUCCAGUCACCAACCACGAAGAAUCACACUCGCAGUACAAAAGAACUCCCUCCUCCUUCUCUUCCUCCUCCUCGGCCUCGUCUUCCGUACCCGCCGUUGCUUCGACCGGCUCCAACUCUCAACUCUGCCAGUUCUCCCAAGGAUCAUGCCACUUUUACUCCCACUGCAUAGAGUCAAACUUCCACUGCGGACCGACCGGGUUCACCCAAGCCUACGCCAAGUCCCGCUGCGAGAUAAUCGACCAACUGCGCAACGUGGACGACGAAUCGUGCGAACACUGCAUCGGGAACAGAGCAAUCUACGAGUGGGCCGUCCACCAGGAUUCGUGCCUCAAACAGAAACUCCAGAGCCUUGUGGAGAGAGACUACGCGACCGAGCACUCUGACCCUCCGACCUGUCUCGAACUGGAGAAAGAUGGUCUCAAGCUGAUGGAAGAAUGCUCCAGGGAACAAUCUGGCGAUUUCUGUUCGUCUCUUGCCGGCAGCAAUCAUGGAGCCAUCCAGCGAGACAUUGAGAAGAUCGCCCGUCAUAUGAGAAUAAACGCUUACUACGCAACGCAAGUGGAGCGUAUGCUGAAUAACCUGAUUCUGAACUGCGGCCAGGAAGACCACAUUGCGACCAUUGCCAACUCUGUCCUCUCCGAAGGUUUCCACUCCCAGCGACUCGUCUUCUGCACAGUCAUUUUGUCCUACUUGACCGAAAUCAUCAACAGCACCUAUGCCAUGCGGAUGGUCGCUCAGCACCUCGACAGACCCGAAGAUCAGUUCAGAGUCUCGGGCUACGACGAGUCACGGAGGUGCGUCUCAAACUAUCGCUACCCCGCGGAGAUCACUCCCGCAGCAAACGACAAAUUGCUGUUUGUGACUUGGAGCCCAGAGCCUAAUGAUGACCUCGUCGAAACAAUACAGGGAACGGGUAGAGGAUACGUGGAGCAAGACACCACAGAAGACGAUAGUCACAUUGAUAUCUUCUUCUACCGGUACACCCCGCUGCAGUCGUCAGAAGAUUUCCCCGAGUGUGGGGACGGCAUGCGACAGGCGGGCGAGAUCUGUGACAUGGGCGUGGGUAACAUCGAGGCGGAUCCAGACAACGAAGACACGAUGGGCUGCAGUCUCACCUGUGUUCCGGUCCACACGAGGGUCGAGUGCAGCACGGGCCAGUUUGCCACCUCGGAGUGUUGGUUGGUGGUGUGCGGGGACGGAGUUCGCAGUGCGAGUGAGGAGUGUGACGUCGGAAGCGACGCAGCAGGCAGCGGGUGCUCUUCCUGCAGUAGAGACCCCGAGUAUACCUGCACCACCACGUACAACUCCACAUCAGUCUGUACCCACGUGUCGACAACAACGCAGACCACGCUGUACCCGCCUGCCACCACCUCACCUCCCUCCAAACUCCCCACCUCCACAUCCUCAUCGGUCUCCCACCACUCCCUGUCCUCCACCUCGUCCUCCGCUGCCCCUCCCCACUCCCCACGCUCCCCGAUCUCACCACAUCUCACCAAUCCUCCCACGGUCGGCCAACUCCACUCAUCGUCCCAAGCUUCAACACACCUCCGCUGGAGAAACAUGGCAUUUCAGUGCCUAGUAAGUAUACUAUUAUCAUGGACUGCUGUGCAUUUGCUCAUCGCCAGAUGAUACUCAGUUUUAUGUCUGUUCGAAAUUGUCGUCUUGUGUCUAUGUUUACAAUUCAUCUGUCAACCGAUAUCAAAUUAACAGGUCCAGAUUUUCACUUCAUCAUCCAAAUUUUAUUAGCAAUAAUAUUAUAUCACUAUAAUUAUAUUAUCGUCUGAAACCGAAAACGAGAGGCUAUUUUGUGUAUUGUGAGACAAUAAAAACAGAUCUAAUUUUCUGUGACUAAACCCGAAUUUAUUAUGACUUGUAUAUGUCUCCGAUUUUUAAGUCAGUGAAAAAUCAAACUUUUCCCCAUUCAUUAUCCCAUUCACUUCUUCAUUGGCACAAUCAUCCAUUCUUCUCCCGUCUCCUCCAUUACAUAUAUAUAUAUUUUACGUCUGUACGGCACUACUGUUGAAGUAGAGGACUUUCUGGUGCUCUCGACUUUUCUAGCUCAAAAAACUGGAGACCCUAUACCUUUAUGGACCAAUCACUCUAGCUUUUACGUCUCUCUCCCUCCCACUCUCUCUAACUUGUAUCUCCCCUCUUUC